UUUUGUUCUGGAUCCAUUCACUCAAUUGCGAUUAUGUUUUUGCUUUCGGAUAAUCAUUCUUUUGGAUAUAGCUCACUUCUUUAACCAGUACGUGUCGCUAUGCUGCCGCAAACAAGUAAGUGUGUCUCCGCUGUCUCCUUCCUUCUAGUGACGGUCACUUUCGCUCAAUUUCCGGGACUUAGGCAUGGACCCAGGCGUCAGCGGUUUCCAAUGAGGAAUCGAUACAACAGCGUUCCACAGCUGCUGUUUCCUUCUGUCACGGCUGAGGAAGGAGAGGGUGCUGGGAACGAGACGGACUGGUCGGCGUUCGUGCCCGCCACGCCGGCACCAGAAGAGAUCGACUGUCACGUGGAAGUGGAAGUGGUCCACAGAAUUGGUGGCCGGUGUGUGAGGCUUGGUGGAGUGCGGCAGAUGUCCGUCUGUCAGUCUGGCAUGUACCUAGACGUGCACAACACUGAGUGUCAAAUGCGCAUGCACAGAGAGGCCAUCAUUCAAGCCGCCCUGAAUGAGAUGCAGCGGGUGGCGGCGGCGGACGAGAACUUAGACACAGAGGACGGAGAGACGGUGGAGGCAGGCGGACAUACGGAUGGUUCUCAAGCGGGCGAGGCUGCGGAAACCGUCGGCGAAUACCGUGGAGCGGAUAUGAGUUUGUCUGAUGAAGAACAUGCUUUGGGUGAUUUGGUGGGGAAUACUGGUGGGGAAAGACAGGCAGUAAGCGGACAGACGGAACAGCCGGUUGAAAACGAGCAGGAUGAGCUACCUCAGUCCAGUGAACCUGGUGAUAACAUUACUGUGGAGACACCACAAGCUGACAGUGCUUAAGAUAAACUCAGUUGUUCAUACUUGAAAUUCUUCUAGAACUAAAUCAUGAAUAUAUCAAGAAAUUUUAUUUUUCAUUUCAAAUUAGGAGACAUUUCUAUUUGAUUAUUAUUAUGUUUUUUAUUAUGCAUAUAUUGAUCAACUGACAGAGUGGUUUUCCUAGAAUAUCGUUGGAAAUUAAAAGUGAAAGCAUCGAGAGCUAAGGGUUCUUAACACCAGCGACGCUUGACAUCAUAAAAAAUAUCAUAGAUCGACAAUCGGAGCACCUCGUCGACGACGUUGUUUUCGAUGAAAAAUGGCCAAGGUGAUCCUAUUAAAUGAAAGAUGGUCGCCACACUCACACGCAGCAUCGUUGUGUAAGACAUGCUAGCUAAUCAUGACGCAUGCUAAUGUCAACUCAGAAGACAUAUUGAUAUGAUACAUUGAUAAUUUGUGGCUUCUUCAUGUCUUUAACUGUUUCAAAACAUACUACGUACUAAUGUGUUUGCAUGUUGUAGUGUAGUUAAGUUUCGCAGUUUCGCAAUAGUUAAAUGC